GUAGAUGCAGAAGCAAGGCUGGCAGUAGGAAUUCAAGCAGUGUUUUCCAGAAACUUGUCCGGAGCGGAGCCCACCCUGAUUGAAGUGGCUGAAGAGAGGUCCAGGGUGAGGUCGAGGAGGUCGGUAGGGAUCGGGUGGUCCGGGAAGUAUCAUUUCAAAGCCUAGCAGGCCCCCCCCCCCCCCACCAUUGCUGCAGCUGGGGAGGCAAUGGAGAAAGCUAAGGAGUCUCUGGGCUCUUCCUUGGGAUCAUGUUGGCUUGUUGGAGAGUCCCAUGGGCCGCUCCUGGAGCCUGCGUGUCUGACGUCUCCCUCCAUGCUCAUCUGCUGUCAUGCUGGCUCAGCCUGGGACUUUACCUUAGAUGGGAGUUGGCCAUAAAGCCAGGUGUCUUGGAAAGCAAGCUGAUCUCUGGAAGUGAAUGAUUUCCGCCCAAGCCUGUUUGUUCAUUCAGUUAACAAAUAUGACCACUCACCAUGCUGGGCUCUGUUCCAGGCGCUGGAAAUACAGGGAUGGGCAAAUGGGAGCCAGACCACAUUUUCACGGGCUCACAUUCCAGAGGGGGAGGGUGACAAGAAGCGUGCAGAAUAAACAUCCAGUGUGCUAAUGCCAUAAAGAAAACUAAAGCAGGGCGAGGGGACAAGAGGGCAUGUAGGUGCUGUUUUAGAUGGAAUGGUCCGGGAGGACUGCUCUGAGGAGGUGGCAUAUGAGCAGAGACCCUAAGAACUUGCUCUGGUGUUUACUCCACGUCUCUUGCUUGCAGCCUGAAACUGAUGGACGUUGUAUGGGCCAGGGGCAGGGAUGGUUGGCUAUGACCCCCAAGCUGAUGGCAGGAAUAUCUCCAGUUCCGAGGUGGCGGUGGCUGGGUCUGUGUCUGGACUUGUCACGCGGGUGAUGAUCAGCCCCUUGGAUGUCAUCAAGAUCCGUUUCCAGCUUCAGAUUGAGCGCCUGUCUCGCAGUGAUCCCGGUGCAAAAUACCACGGGAUCCUCCAGGCUGCGAGACAGAUUUUGCUGGAGGAAGGCCCGACAGCAUUCUGGAAAGGACACAUCCCAGCCCAGCUUCUCUCUAUAGGCUAUGGAGCUGUCCAAUUUCUGUCGUUUGAACUGCUGACCGAGCUGGUGCACAGAGCCAGCAAGUACGAUGCCCGCGACUUCUCAGUGCACUUUGUGUGCGGAGGCCUGUCUGCCAGCACGGCCACCCUCACCGUGCACCCUGUGGACGUCCUGCGCACCCGCUUUGCAGCUCAGGGUGAGCCCAAGGUGUAUAAAACCCUUCGAGACGCCGUGGUGACCAUGUACAGGACCGAAGGCCCCUUGGUCUUCUACAAAGGCUUGAACCCCACCUUGAUCGCCAUCUUCCCCUACGCCGGCUUCCAGUUCUCCUUUUAUAACGCCCUGAAGCACGUUCAUGAGUGGGUCAUGCCUGCCGAGGGAAGGAAAAACGAGAACCUCAAAAACCUGCUCUGUGGCAGUGGAGCCGGAGUCAUCAGCAAGGCCCUCACGUACCCCCUGGACCUCUUCAAGAAACGGCUGCAGGUCGGAGGGUUUGAGCAGGCCCGAGCCUCCUUUGGCCAGGUUCGCAGCUACAAGGGCCUCCUGGAUUGUGUCCGGCAGGUGCUUCGAGAGGAAGGCCCAAGGGGCUUCUUCAAGGGCCUGUCCCCCAGCCUGCUGAAGGCUGCUCUCUCCACCGGCUUCGUGUUCUUCUGGUAUGAGCUCUUCUGUAACCUCUUCCACCACAUGAAGAAGGCGGACAGCUAGGCCCGAGGGCAGGAAGGGCAACCUCCCGAAGGAAGGCAGGCUCAUCUACGACCUUGUGUUGCACUGAGAGCUGCCGCCCGCUCCAUCCCUGCCAGCCAGCGUGUCUGUCACCAGAAGGGCAAGGAGAGCACACAGGACUUGGUCUGUGGGGACAUGGCCAUGCUGGUCCAAGGAGUUUGCGGUGGUUUCUCUGUAGCCCAUGCUCACAGGAAAGGCAGCAGCUGCUACCCUGUGUUCUUAGCCCCUUCCACCCAGAGAACUGUCCCUGCUCUGGGUGGGGCCGUGGCCGGAGCACGAAGGCUGGGAUUGGGCCCUUGGCAGAGGCCUGGUCCUCACGUGUAGGCUCUUACUCCCACCAACUAAUUUAAUACACAUUGAAGCUACAA